AUGCUCAAGUUCAGCAGCGCCAAGAAGCGCAUGUCGGUGGUCGUGCCGCUGUCCGUGACGAGAUGCCGCAUCUUCACCAAGGCUCCACUUGGACGGAUCCCGGCCGCGUUCUCCGCCGCCGAGCGCAACGCCAUCAACGCCAACAUCAUCGACAAGUACACGUCGCAGGCGUAUCGCACGCUGUGCCUGGCGUUUCGAGACGUGGACGCAUCGCCCGAUGCAGUCAAGACGUGGCCCGAUGAAGAUGUCGAAAGGGACCUCACGUAUAUCUGCAUCGUCGGGAUUGAAGACUCCGUGAGCGAAGAAGUUCCCGAAUUGAUCCGCCAGUGCAACGAAGCAGGCAUUGUCGUGCGCAUGACCACUUCCAAGCCAUUCUCGACGUCUUGCGGGACCUCGUGUUACAUGGCACCAGAGAUCAUCCACCGAAAAACGCACUGGGGCCAGCCCGCCGACGUGUGGCCAUUGUAG